AUGGCUGUGAACGGGACAUUCUUGCCGUUCCUCUACCCCUGUCUUCAUCCAAACAGGGGCAAUGCGCCGCGCGUAUUGAGGCGAUGGCUACAACUAGGACGACCGAAUAGAAAUACACAAUGUCUGUCCAAGAGACAUAUCGCAACUGUUUCCAGCACACAAGGAGGCCACGAAGAUGAAAGCUUUGACGACACACCCGAGACCGAACUCGAUCGCCUGGACCCGCCGCCAGACUCGUACUCAAUCACACCCUUCACCGAUCGAUGCUCAAUCGUCCUACACGCAGGCGCAGGAGGCCACGGCUGCAUCAGUUUCUUGCGCGAGAAAUACAUCGAGAAUGGUCCGCCUAAUGGCGGCGACGGAGGAACAGGAGGAAACAUCUACAUCCAGGCUGUGCAGGGCGAGACAUCGUUGCACAAGCUUGCGCGACGAGGAAUAUUGAAGGCCGGACGUGGAAAGAAUGGUCAAGGAAAGGGACAGGGAGGCACAAGAGGAGAAGACAUCUUGAUCACAGUGCCCGUCGGUACAAUUGUGCGCGAGGUGUGGCGACACGACCCCGUGGCAGAUGAGGAGUUGGCAGACAAGAGGGCAAAGGCCAUGGGCGCGGAUGCCGUCUUUGACGAUGAACCAGGCGUUGUCGACAAUACGCGCAAAUGGAGGCGUGACAAAUGGCUGCUGUUCCCUGGUGCCAUGCCUCAAUCCUUCACCUCGGCCGACUUCCCUCCUCUACCACGCCCCAGGAGAUCGCAAAUCGCCAUGUCCCAACCCCCAGCGCCCAUCCGCCUGGAUCUGGAUACACCCAUGGAGGCUCCCCAAUUGCUUGCUGCUGGUGCUAUGGGCGGACUAGGAAACNCCCACUUCGUCACANAAAGCAUUACCCGUCCUAAGUACGGCACAAAGGGCGACGAGGGCAUGAAGGUCGAAAUCCAGCUCGAACUCAAACUUCUCGCAGACGUUGGUCUUGUCGGUCUCCCCAAUGCCGGAAAGAGUACCCUACUACGAGCCAUCACCAAUAGCCGUGCUCGCAUCGGCAACUGGGCUUUCACAACCCUGCAACCAAACAUCGGCACCGUCGUCCUCGACAACCACAAAGGUCGCCCUCUGAUCGCCACCUCAGAGCGCAGAAAAGGUCCUCCUCGCACAAACUUCACCAUCGCCGAUAUCCCCGGUCUAAUCGAAGACGCCCACCUCGACCGCGGUCUCGGUCUCGGUUUCCUCCGCCACAUCGAACGCGCCGGCAUCCUCGCCUUUGUCGUCGACCUCAGCGCCGGCGACGCCAUCCAAGCCCUCAAAGGCCUCUGGAAAGAAGUAGGCCAAUACGAACUCCUCCGCGACCGCGAAGUAAACGCCGAAACCGAACGUCGCGUCGAAGAAGAAAAGGAAAUGGUACGCUACUCGCCGCUUGUCAAAGCCGAGCCUCCGAACAUCUUUGAGGAUGGCUCUGUGUUGUUUAACCCUGAUGGAUCGCGUGUGCUGCCUGAGCUCAAGUUGCCGCCUAUUUCGUCAAAACCUUGGUUGGUGAUUGCCACAAAGGCUGAUUUGCCAGAGACGAGGGAGAACUUUGCUGCUUUGCAGGCUUAUUUGAAGAGUGUUGCUGAUGGCGAGACGAUACACCCUAGUGGCAAGAAGAAUGCUUGGAAGAAGAAGCUUCAUGCCAUUCCCAUCAGUGCCAAGUUGGCUCAGGGCGUUGAGAGGAUCACUCCUAUUGUUGUUGACCUCUUGGAGAACUGA